AUGUCCAGCCCUGGGGUCUAUGUGCCGGGGCUCAUCCCCGAACGGCCCCGGCCCAAUUUAAACCCUAUAUGGUUCUUAGUGAAAGGUCCUUCUGGUCCUCUGGUUGUUCCUCUGGGGUCUUCGGUGGUUUUACCUUGUUAUGUUGAUGAACCCUUACCUUUGAAAGGACUGAAGGUGAUUUGGGUACGAACCGAUGCCAAUACUUUAGUGCAUGUGUUCCAAGAUUAUGAGAGUCGACCAGAAGCCCAGUAUCAGGAUUAUCAUGAUAGAGCUCAUUUCUUCACUGAUAAAAUUAAACAUGGAAACUUCUCCCUCCGUCUGGAAAAUGUGAGAGCUGAAGAUAAGGGUUUCUACAGAUGUAAGGUUUACACCGAGCAGGAAUCUGAUGAAACUCUGGUUCAAAUUAAGUCAGUUGAGCAUCUGAUGGUAUCAGGGUCCAAUCAUCCCGUAUCUGCGUAUGUGGGUGAGGACGUCACUCUGAACUGCUCUGCAGACUCUCAUAUCCCACCUGAGGAGAUUGAUGAAGUUUCGUGGAGGAAAACAGACAAAAAUGAAAUCAUCCAGGUUCUGGUCUUUGAAAAGAAUCAAAUAAUUCCAGCAGAUGAGCGAUACAGACACAGAGUUGAUUUCUUCACUGCUGAAAUCCCCAAAGGAAACUUCUCUCUCAGACUGAAGAGUGUCAGAACUGAGGAUAAAGGAGUUUACAUGUGUCAAGUGUUUGCUGGAAAUUUUUCAGCCAACACAACUGCAGUACUGGAGCAACUGGGUUUCUCUGUUUUACACAUAAUUGUGUUGAUUCUCUGUAUUGCUGCAUCUGGAUCUGCACUGCUGCUGUCAGUUCUGUGGUAUCUACAACACAGAUCAUCAAACACAACUAAAGCCCUGUUUCUUCAGAUGUCUGUAGUCACUGUACCAAACCUUGUUAUGUUUUUUGCCUUUUUGUUCUGGGGUGUUAUUGAAGGAUUUCUGAGUGAGACGGUUGCCUGCUGCGCUCAUUAUUUUCUGAGGCCUCUUCUUCUCUUAUGGGCAGCCCCACAUUCAGAACAUUUCCCAGGCAGUCGUGAAACAGUUGUGCACUGCAUCGUUCAUCUACAAUAUUCCCUCUUUACAAAUGUUGUUUAUUCAGUUCUUUUUAAAUCUUUUUGGGAAAAAAGUCUGAGAUAUGACGAAUCUGACAGAGUCCUGAUAACAAUCCUCUUUGGGAUAAUGAUUCUGAUAUGCAUCGUCAAUAUCGUUUUCUUGUUGGCAGAACUCAUUAGAAAUAAAGACGACAGUAUGCGUGUUGUGUUAGACCUGGUGUCUGAUAUCGGUCAUGAUGUUCUGCCUCCAUUACAACUCAUCUUCCUGUUCUACGCUUUCGGAGCUGCCAGACGAGCACUUUUUGUUGUUGGAGUUUUCCCACUGUUCUUAGCUUUGACGAGAUAUAAUUGGAACAAAGCAUGUGUGGAAAAACUACAAUGUUUACCCUCGGUCAGGAGAGCAGCGUGGUUAAGUUUCAUGAUAGCAGUAAAUGCCAUAAUGGUCUAUUCUUACCUCAUAGCGCUGGAAAAAGAAAAAGAUUGUGUUGGAUGGGUCUGCGUAGCUGCUUUUCUUCAAGGUCUCUGGGGAAUAGUUGUCCUGAAGCACUCGUUUGAUGACCUGGAUGAUUUCAUCUUACAUUAA